AUGGCGCGCGCCAGCUGCCCUCGUGACCCCGCUCGCGGCCUAGCCGACUUGUCUACCCGCACCGAAUUUGAAGAUGAUGGCACGGACAAGCUGGACAUAGUGGACAGAUGCAUCAACAGCCUCCAUGAGAAGCGGCGCUCAACGCGCGAGGCGGGCAUGGAGGGGCUCGUCGGCCUCCUCGAGGGCUUCAUACCGAUGGACAGGAUCGACUACCGGUGCCUCACGAUAUUCUUCCGGUGUAGAGCCUCCCUCAACUCGGGUUCCGCAAGGGAGGCCUUGCUCGCUUACCGCGCCAUUGGCCUCCUCGCGCUCACCGUCGGCGACAACGCCGACUGCUCCAAGGAAAUCCUCACGAGCACGCUCCAGCUCCCCACACUCAUGAAGACGCUACGAGCGCCGUCCGACGACGCGAAGGUGGCAGCUGCUCUCAACUGUCUCGCCAUUGUCACUUUUGCUGCCGCACGUCGCCCGGAGGACGUGGAGCCAUCAAUUAGGGCAAUUUGGGGCGUGAUCAAGAGUUCCAGAGCUGACAAUAGGACCGCCCCCAGAGUCUUGAUAACCGCCUUGUCCGCGUGGGCGUUGCUUCUCACCACCCUUGGUGACUUGAGGACGUACCCAUAUGCCUGGAAAGAGGCAACGAUCCCCUUCCGCGACCUCGCCGAGCUCCUUAACACCGACGACCCGGCCCUCUUGAUGGCCUCUGGCGAGGCGCUCGCAGUGUGUGCGGAGCUCAACUUGAUGCAGCACGCCACUCCUGAGGACAUGGAGACGCUUGAGAUCAAAGUGUCCGACCUCGCAAGCGGCACCCAUGGGAAUGACAAGAAGCUCACCGGACAAAUUAGGGCCAUGUUCCAGCAGAUCGCCGCCAUCAUGAAACGAGGCCAGUGCUCAGAUGAGGAAUUGGUACCGACGACAUGGAGGCAGAGAUGCGUGCUCAUGGUCUCCAAGUGGGCACGACUAGUACAGCUCAACUUUGUAAAGCGGUUCCUAGGCAAGUGUUUCGACAAGCACAUCCAUGACAACCCGCUCUUUCGGGAGUCCUCCUUCAACAAUGUCGCUACCAAUGAGACGAGUGACCUACCCGUCAAGAAGAGCAAACAGCAUAAGUUUGGUAGAGAAAAACAAUAUACUGUGGCCCUGAAGAGAGAUCGCAUGAUUAGCUGGGAAAGCAAGAACGACUUCCUACUUCUUUAA